UUAAAAACUAUAUUAAACAAGGUGAAUAGUCUUUAAAACAGUCUAGUCGUUUUUGCUUAAUUGUUUUACGGCCAUUUGACCACUUUUCCCUCAUCGAGCACGAGAGCAAAGGGCGUAUGCUUAACUGCUUGAAAAUGGGAGCGUUUGGGAGAGUAGAGUAAGGUUGUGUGCGAGACACCUAUGUAGUGAUGAACCAAGUUGAUUGAAAGUUGAAAGCAAAUAUGAUGUAGGGUUUUGGCUUUCAAAUGUUAUCAGAUAUACGAUGUCAGUAUUCUGGACAAAUAUAACUAUGUAGGACUGAAACGAGAUGCAGAUUAAAUUGAAAAAGACAAACAAAAUGGCGGAAACAGAGACAGUUGUUCAUACCAACGGCAUCGAUGCAAUUGCAGAAGAAGACGAGUGUAAUAAGACACGUCCAGCCGACAUAGAAGCAGAUAUGCGUGAAAUGGAGCGCCGCAAAAGAGUUGAAGCUAUUAUGAAUUCUCGUUUAUUUCGAGAAGAAUUAGAACGAAUUGUCGAUGGUCAAAUGCGCGAAGGUGGAUCUUCUAAUAUCCUUCAACAACUGUCCGAUAUCAUGGGAAUGCCUGCUGCUCGGAUUGGUAGUGUUUUCAAAAGUUCCAAUUGUGUAGUUCCCAUUAAUGAUAUUCGUGGUGUUGAAGCAAUGGGAUAUGAAAAAGGAGAAAAAAUCCUUCGCUGUAAAUUGGCUGCUACAUUCAGGCUGAUAGACUUGUAUGGUUGGGCUCAAGGUAUAGGAAGCCAUAUAACGGCGAGAUUAAAUGCGGAUCAAGAACUGUUCUUGGUUAAUCCCUUCGGUGUUUUGAACCAUGAAAUCACUGCAUCUUCAUUAAAUAAAGUGAAUAUGCAAGGGCUGGUGACUGAACAAGGAACAACAAAUUUUGGCGUCAACACUAGUCAAUUCACAUUGCAUUCCGUAAUUCAUGCUGCAAGGCCUGACAUAAGAUGUGCAAUAUAUGUUGGUUGUAAUUCAGUCGUCGCUAUUUCAGCUUUAAAACAAGGAUUGCUACCCCUCACAAAGGACAGUGCUCUGCUUGGUGAAAUAUCUACUCACACAUAUACAGGAGCUUUGUAUGAACCAGAAGAAAAGGAUAAGCUUUUGAGAAGUCUGGGGCCAGUAUCUAAAGUGCUACUGCUCUCAAAUCACGGUGCAAUCUGCUGUGGAGAAACUGUAGAGGAAGCAUUUUAUGCGGUAUCGCAUAUAGUAGCCGCGUGUGAAGCACAAUUAAAAUUACUGCCAGUCGGCUUGGACAACCUAAUUAUUAUCCCUGAAGAAACUCGUAAAGCGCUCUAUGAUGCUUCUCGUAAGCCACCAGAAGGAUUUUCAUCAAACAUUGCUUCGUCAGAUAAUAAAGAGCGCACACAAGUAAGAUCCGUUUUGCGAACAAUAAAGAAUGCCACAGAUAUCAAAAAUACUUCCCUUAUUUCACAGGUUCCCAAAUGGCGGGUGGGCGGUGCAGAGUUUGAAGCUUUGAUGCGCAUGUUGGAUAACGCUGGUUUCAGAACUGGCUACAUUUACAGAAACCCGUUAGUCAAAAACGAUCUUCCAAAACCUAAAAACGAUGUGGAAGUACCACCAGCAGUAUCAUCAUUGGGAUAUUUAAUUGAAGAAGAAGAAUUGUUCAAGCAGGGUAUCUGGAAAAAGGGCGAUUUCCGUAAAGGUGGCGAUCGCUCUAGAUGGUUAAAUUCACCCAAUGUAUACCAGAAGGUUGAGGUAUUGGAAACGGGCACUCCGGAUCCCAAAAAAAUUACAAAGUGGAUUGAUGCAAACACAGAGGAGUGGGUAGCAGAAGCAUCACCAACCCAUUCAUCAACGCCAGUAAAGAUUGAUUCGGCUCUACAGUUCGUACCACCUAAUACUAAUCCAAAAGAAUUUAAGCGAAUUCAACAACAGAUCAAAGACUAUCGAAGAGCUGAUAAAAUAUCUGCAGGACCACAAUCACACAUUUUGGAAGGUGUCUCUUGGGAUGAAGCAAAUCGCCUGAAGGAUGCUAACGUGUCCGCCACGGGCGAUCACGUUGUUUUAAUGGGAGCAGCUUCUAAGGGCAUUAUCCAACGUGGAUAUCAACACAACGCAACAGUCUACAAGGCGCCUUAUGCCAAGAAUCCAUUCGAUUCUGUUACUGACGAUGAACUCAACGAAUAUAAGAAAACAGUCGAAAAGAAACGACAAGGUGAUUUUACAGAUACCGACCUCUCUGAAUCAGAAGCUUUGAGUUCUCUUCAGAUCUCAGAAACAAAAGGGAAAAAUCAAGGCCCGCCCAAUCAGUCUCACAAUGAGGACACUGCCACCGAGCACCAAGUGCUCAGAAUAGAAACCAAGCAAGUUCCCAAGCCUAGUCAACCAGAAGUUGUGCUUAGCGAUGGUGAACAUGUGCAGAAUGGAGAUCAUUCAGAUACUCACAUGAGUACGUUUUCACAUAGCAGCAAAGAGGACGUAUCUACCGAAGGCUCUCCCAAAAAGGAUAAAAAGAAAAAGAAAGGUUUGCGGACUCCAUCAUUUUUGAAAAAGAAGAAGGACAAGAAGCGGAUUGAGGCCUAGAGAGAUAUUGAUAGUUUCACUCAGUGACAAUUUUUAUAAGAAUUAAAAUGUAUCUUUUUUCUUCAAACAUACAAAAAAGUAAAAGCAUAAUAGAAAAAAGUUGUCCAGAACGGAAUGCUAUCAUAUGAGCAAAUAUUCCUCUAAAUAAUGAACAGGCACAAUAAAGCAUUUGCUGCUGCAGUUUUAAUUACUCGUGGAAUGGUUAGAUAAAAUGCAUCUUGCAGUUACAUUUGAGUUUAAUAGCGAAUUUAUUUUCCCCCAACCAGGUUUGUUUCAAAUGAUGUUGCACGCCCUUAUUCACUAGUGCGGCGAGCAAACUGAAUUAAGCUAAUAAAAACAAAUUUGCUAUAAAUUAUUGUGGACGUAAUGCUAAUGACUCAAAUAUGUUUUCGUGUAUUUUAAAACAAAUUAAAAAUCAGUAACUGAAAGAAUGUUUUACAUUAAAUGAUAUAUAAUGUUUAGGGAUGAAAAAAUCACCCAUGUAAUGAAGCAGCUAUUGUGUUGAAAUUUCGUAACGUAUGAUUCACUUUCAGAAGAUAAGAAUGUUUGUCGGUUGAUUUUUUUUAUUACUGCAUUUUCAUAAAAAGUGGCUUUGUCUUACAGUAGCUUUUCAGCCAUAUUUGAAUCAUAAAAAUCGCUUGUUACCAUUGCUUAUUAUUUUAUGUUGCCAGCACAUAAUGUACAUCCGAGCAAUGUACAUUGACCAGUGUUCAUAAAAUCAAAAAGAAACUUGAUAUUACACUAGACAGUAUGUUAGAGAAUGAAUGUACUCAUACACUUACAUGCACACGCGUAUAUUUAAAAAGAUACAUUAGUCCUUUGGUUGUGUUAAAACCAAGCAGAUGCCAACAUCUUAGCGUUUGCGUAAAUGGUAUAGUGUAUUACCGGUAUAGUGUAUUAUGACUUUGAGGUAGCUCUACGGCAAUCAGUAACUAGGACAGCACGUGCCACUUCUCUUCUUAUUCUGCUUCUGAUUGUGGCUGCCAUCCCUGUUGAAGUUUUUUGUACACUCUAGACCACUGUUGCACCACAUAUUUAAAAAAAUUUAGUUGCCGAACAUCAAUUCCGUGUUACGCCGUAGAUUGUACGACCAGUGUAAUGUCUCGCAUUUCGCAUUUUCAAAUUUAUAAUGCGAACUGCGCAAUCGCAUCGAAAAUAACUACUCAGCUUCAUAUGCUCACUCGUGAGUUUUCAGCAACACGGAAACAGUUACCCUGUUAUGUGCCCUAUAAUGUAAGACACGUCGAGCAGCUCGACUCGACUCAUAGCGUUUUUGUUUUUUUAACCUGGGUUAGUUCCAACUCGACCACUGUAUAAACAAACAUUUUCGGGAGAAUAAACAAACAUUUUCAGGUUGUUCAUGGCGGAGUUGAAACUGUAAAAAUACCCAGAGCGUACCCAUCGUCUAAAAAGUGCAACCCAGAGCGAAAACUAAGUUCAACCUGAGUGAAAAAACAAACGUUUUGACAGCCGUUCGAUUGGAACUAGAGCGGACAUGAGUUGGACUUAAGCAAAAACAAAAACGCUAUGUUACUGUCGUGUCGUGUUAGUGUCAAAUACGGUAAGAAUGGACAUCAUAGCGGCUCGAUGCAUGGCAAAAAAAAACAAACUCACUCGUCAUUUGCUGACAGUUGAAUCACUAGCUUUUUAGCAGUCGACAAAAUCGUGCCACGUGUGAAACUGUCCAAUAUCAGUUUCAGCCAAUCAGAAAUUGUAUCAAUUUUAGAUCAAUAUCGCAAUUAGCCCGUGCUACGUCCUGUCCUAUAAGUCAGUGGAGUCCACAACUACGACCGUGAAGUCGUAGCGACUUUAGCUCUUGUCAACGCAAAGCAAAUAAGAUAAAGGUGCCAGCUAGUUGGUUAAAACUUGUAACUUGGUGUACUUAUGUCUACUCUAAAAAUUUUAGACACGUAUCUUUUGCAUAUUCGCACUGUUUUAAGCUCCUCAAAGAUUAGAGACUUCAGACGUUCCCACUAGUGAACGUUUUCGGUAACUAGUGGAGAACAUGGUUGAAUAUAUUCUCUCAGCGCUCAAAGACAUGGAUUUUUCUUCGUUUGAAUUCGGUUCUGUGCCUGACCGAUGUAAUCAACUGCCUUACCGUUAGGGGUUGUUUAACUGUGACUAUACGAAACGUAUUAUUGACCUUUCCUAUGCUUUCAAUAAUUCUUUGUUCUCGAUGGCCGAUGGCUGGGAUAAUGGUGUCUAACGAGGGUUGAACAGCUCUAUGUAUAUUGAUCUAUAACUUGCUAAGCAGCUCACUUUUAACUAAUUAACCGUACUUUCAAGUUGUCUUGAGUUCGCUGCAUAGAACGCUAAGCAGCUUCAAAAUUAACUGCCGAAAACUAAGAUAAAGCUAAUAUUUAGCACUUCUAUGUUCUAUUUCUAUACUUCUACCUAACUUCUAUAUUCGUUGCAUUCGCCCGCCUUUUGGUUUGAAAUCCGGGUGUUCCGCGCUGUAAACCUAUCCCGAUCCAUUGCGUCAUUUUUAUCGUAUACAAGUGAUGUGAAUUUUGCCAAUGAGUUGUUCUUGAGUGUAAUUUCGUUUAGCAUGCAAUUUCGACAGCAGCUUAAUGCAGCGCGAGUUAAUUAUAGAACAUUAAAGUUCGUCAUCAGGCAAUCAAGAAGUAGUGCGAUACUUACAGCAUAUGUUAUUUGAUAUGCGCAUAGUUGUAAAACAAUAAAGAGCAUUGCAUUCUAAUUUAUAUUACUAAUUAGAAAUGAAAUGAUUGAAUUUAUUUGAGUGAUAGAGUGAAAUAAAAAGGAUUGCUGAUUUGAUAACCAGAAAUGUAAACAUAAAACUAAUAACAAGCAUUUCAUGGCCAGAAGCAUACAUGCAGAACUUUUUAGCAACUAAGGUUACUUCAGAACUUCAUGUAGCAUCCUAAUAGCUUUGAAGUAUCUAUGAAGUACUCACAGCACUUCUUAAAGCAUGGAGGAACAAACCGAAAAAUAGCGAUUAUUGGUUGUGUUACUCCGUUUGCCACACUGCAGAGCACAUAUUUUGGUUAAUUUUUUCAUCCUGUUUUAAAUUCAAGCAUGCAUUUUGUAAAUUUGCUGGCAUUUAAGUCAGCGGAAGACGAAAUUCAUUCUGUGCCUUGGUGACAAAGGAAUGCAUCUCUUUUGUUUACUGUUGUUGUUUGCUUCAUUUUCAAGUACCAACACACACAUAACUGAAAAGCUCUAUAACUGUCUAAGACAUUGCCCUUCUUUAUCGACAGACUUCGCAGCCCGUUAUUAGAGUACAUGACAAUUACGGGACUAGUGCAACAAAACCUACUUGACUCUAGCAGUACCACCCAUGCGAGAUUCGACCGUACAACGACUGGCUUAUUAGACCACCAUCGUACCUCGAAGCUAACGGUGUUGUGUGUGUCGCAUAUGUACCGUUCCCUGGGAGAGAACUUUUAUUUGAGAUUUAGGAUAAAACAGACAAUUUAAUUUAACAAACAAAUUAAAUUUUUCGUGCCAACGUAAGAGCCACAGUUAUAAGUGUUGUAUCUUGUCCGCGAUUGUGUUUAGAGACAAUUUAAUUCUCUUUUUUUUUGUCCUGGUCUGCUACGUUUGUUUAUAGAUCGUUGAGAAAUGUUUAAUAAAUUAUUUAAAUAACUAGUUACGUUAUUAAGUUUUUCGUAUUUUUUAACUGAAGGUACAUAAUUUUUUUAUUGCUAUUUAGGCUGUGAACCAUUUCGCGAAAUUUUUAACUUUUUAGUUAAAAUUUGACAGUUUGAUGGUUAUUUCUCCUCGAGUGCAGAGAUGCCAUAUUUCCUAAAAAAAUGUCUGCAACUGCUCGAAAAUCGAAAAAAUCGAGCAGUUUUCCGGCUACUCGAAUUUUCUGGUUUAAAAAUAAUCUGCGAAAAUCUGCACACUUUUUUAGGAAGUCUGUGAAAGUUUAAAGAGCUUCGAACAAAAAUCUGCACCAAAACAAUAAAAGUCAGAAAAACUGCAAAUAUCUGCAAAUUUAUAAUGAUCUGCAAGACCGUUCCAAAAAUCUGGAAUUUGCAGACAAAUCUGCAAAUCUGGUAUCCCUGCUCGAGUGAUCAGUUCAGAAUGCACCAUUUCAUAUUUGACGUAUAAGGUUUUGCACGGGCAAGCAUAACCUCACUUCUUUGACGUCUAUCAGUGGUUUGUUUACAUGGACUUAGAUCAUGGGCUAAUAUGUUGAAACUGAAUAUUGCUUAAAGGCCUUAACGGCAGUCAGAAAAGCACAAAAACUGCCAUUCCGAGUAGUUUGGAGGGCGACACUGCUGGAUAAUACGCUUUUAAAACGUUUAACUCCAAUUUAUGCAUGUCGCAUUCGCCUAACAAAUAGUAAACAAACCACGAGUGGAUGUCAGAUGGGUGAAUUGCGUUCAUUCCGGUUCAUUCGUGACGUCACGUGACGUUUUUUUUUGUUCAAUGAUUGCCUAUAAGGUGAGGAUGAAAAUAUUGUUUAUUCUGUUCGAGUUAAAAUUGGAUGAAUUUUUGAUGUUGAUUUGAUAGAUAAAAUUCAUCUCAUUUCAACCCGGGUUGUUUGAACAAAUUUAUUAUGCGAUAAGCAUCCAUACCAAUGCAAAAAAAUUCCAACGAAAAAUCAGUGAAACAUGUCGAAGCUCUCUUCCUCACCUGUGCAUAUCUCAUUGGCUCUGAAGCGAACCAUCGAACUGUCAAAACCUUGGUCAAAACUACAGACGGUAGAUAAUCUACAGACGCGCAAAGAGCGUGGCAUAAAACACCAAUCGAACCGUCAAAUCGAGGCACCAAAUGAGCAAAGUAAACAAACUUGUGUUUCGUAUAGGCAGGGAAGACUAAGUUUUGUAAUCUACCUGAAAUGUUCAAACUUAAACUAUUGAUUUACUAACAACAUAUGGAUUAGUCACCCUUAAUAUAUCAUAUAAUGCUAUAUAAAAAAUUCGAUUGGCUUGUUCAAUUUGCAAAAUAUGCGUGGUAACUCGCACGUUCCACGAAACGUAUCUCGCGAUUCACGCAACUUACUGCUGAUUAUAGGAAGAUUGAUCCAAUUCUUACUGGUUGCCAAAACUGUUUAAAUAAAAUAAACAAAAAAAAGUGUUGCCGAAUUGGUAAUUUUUCUCUUUGCGCGUCUGUAGAUUAUCUACCGUCUGUAGUCAAAACUAACCAUGCUCCCGAGCAGGGUUAUUUUCGAAAAACCAUCGAACUGUCAAAUUUUAACCAAAAAGUUAAAAAUUUCGCGAAAUGGUUCACAGCCUUAAUGUGGUUUUAACCUGAGAGAGAGUCGCGGAGACGGUUUUCUUUUUCUUAUGCUUUGGCUGUGCUUCUUCUUCCUAUUAUGUUUGCUUUCAUUUUCGGGCAAAUAAAUGAAACUUGUGCGUGAACAUCUCAUUGGACGUGUGAAGUGUGCAUUUUAUAAUAACAUAUUUUGGUGUUAAUUGUCACACGGGCAUUUCAGUUUUUGCAAAAAUGUUAAUUUACAAUUGAGACAAACAAGACUAAUUCAAUUCCGAAUGUGUUUUUCACAAAAACACCGGCAGAAAACUUAUGAGAAUUAACAAUACUUUUCCAUUUUGGGACAACGAUAACGACUGGCUGCAUUUGACAGAUCGUACUGGCUGCAUUUGACGUUAGAAUUUUUCCUCUUCGCGAAUCUCUCUCAGGUUUUAACCAAUUGGUCAUUCACCACGCAUCGGUACAUAUUUUCAUUUUCCACAAAUCUGUAAUCUAAAUGUUGUUUUUUAAAAACAGUUGUGCCUUACUUACAAUGCGUUCCGGAUAUGAUUCUCAAAAACAUUAACGAAAAGAAAUAGAAACCGACCGAGCAAAGUAAAGAGUUGUAUGGACUUAUCCCUUAUCAUUUCGUUUUUUUUUUUGAUUAUAGUCAUUUUAACAGCUGGGGUCAUUCGUGACAUCUGCGGGGUAGGGAUUUGAAACCGGAUUCUCGGCGUGAGAGGUGUGAAUGCUAACCACUACACCGGGAUUGAUCCCCGCAUGAUUUCCGUUGUCUCAUACUGUCAGAUUUUCUAACAAGAAUCAAACUAAAUACUAUUGGCGUUUUUGUUUUUGCUUAGAUCCAACCUAGGUUCGCCCAAGGUCCAAUCGAACGGCUGUCAAAACGUUUGUUUUUACACUCAGGUUGAACUUAGUUUCGCUCUGGGAUGCACUUUUUAGACGACGGGUUCGCUCUGGGGUUUUCAACAGUUUCAACCCCACCAUUAGUAAUACACUUACAACCUGAAAACGUUUCACGAAAAUGUUUGUUUAUUCAGCGGUUAGAUUGACACUAACCUAGGUUAAAAAACAAAAACGCUAUUAGUUUUGUAUUUCUGUUUUUAAGGCAGGCUAAUUUAGGAAAACGCACCCUGUUGGUCAAAUAAUAAGUGUCUAAAAGUUUUUAAAUAAACAAAAGUACACGAAGUUUAGAAGCAAUCGG